AACGGGGCGACUGAAGUAAACCAGGAAACCGAGGCUAAAGCGCCCGAUCCCAGAGCUAAACAACAGCUUUUACCACGAUCUGACUGCGUAUACUUGUAUAUUUAUUCACUAGAUUUACAUUAAAUAGCGCCAUGGCUUCCCUUUUCAAGAAGAAGACGGUAGAUGAUGUUAUAAAGGAGCAGUCGAAGGAGCUGCGCGGCACUCAGCGACAGAUCACCAGAGACAGAACAGCCCUGGAGAGGCAGGAGAAACAACUGGAGGCGGAGAUUAAGAAAAUGGCGAAGAGCGGUAAUCGGGAGGCUUGUAAGAUCCUGGCCAAGCAGCUGGUCCAGUUGAGGAAACAGAAAAAUCGCACAUACGCUGUCAGCUCCAAAGUCACAUCCAUGUCCACGCAAACCAAACUCAUGAACUCUCAGAUGAAGAUGGCCGGAGCAAUGUCCUCCACAGCCAAGACGAUGCAGGCGGUGAACAAAAAGAUGGAUCCACAGAAGACCCUGAAGACCAUGCAGGACUUCCAGAAGGAGAACAUGAAGAUGGGCAUGACUGAGGAUAUGAUCAAUGACACUUUGGACGAUCUCUUUGAUGAGUCUGGAGAUGAGGACGAGAGCCAGGGCAUCGUGGACCAGGUCCUGGAUGAGAUUGGCAUUGAGAUAUCAGGAAAGAUGGCACGGACCCCAGCUGCUGGAAAAAGCAUCCCGAGCGCCGCGUCUUCCUCCCAAAACACGAUUUCAGACGAAGAGAUCGAGAGGCACCUCCGAGCUCUGGGAGUCGACUAAUGACAACCAUUUACUGUCUUCAUUACACAGACAUUAAGACACAUUCAAAAAGACUGUGUGAGAUGCUCCUGAUUUGGUACAGGUUUAACGACAGCUGCAACACAAUUACAUUUUACACUAAGGCAUGCAGAUUUUGAUCAUAUUACACACACUCAACUGCUUUACAUGUUAUGGGCUAACUUAUUCAUACAAAAACAUAUUUUAUUUGUAAUGGAAGUCAAACGGUUUAUUCAGGGGUAAAUGCUUCUUCCAUUAAUUUAAAUAAAUGGGCUACAAUCUAGUGAUACUAAUAAUUUCUUUCUUUUAGUUGAAAUCUAUUUCUCAAAAUUGCGUUAAAGGUGCACUAUGUAACUUUUCAGCUGUCCGGUUAUGACUUUGCAUGGAAUGUUCUGCUGUAUGGUAUCAUGCUUUUAUUCAAUUACAUGAAAAAUAUGCUUUCUUACUAUGAUUGGGAAUGCCUAUUUAGAAGAUCUGAACUGUAACUUGGUGCAUGGGUGUCACAUUUUCACCAAGGAGAUAUACAUAUAUAGAUUAAUGCCAUACAGUCUUGCAUACAUUGUAGGCAAAGCAGUAACCUCUCAACACAAGCAGGUGGCAGAACCUUCACCAGAAAGUUACACUGUGCAUCUUUUCAAACCAUUCAUGAUUGCCACACUAUAAUGGAUAUAAUUAAUCUGCCCAAGCAUACAGGCAUUUAUAAUAUUAAAUCGCCUCAUUGGAUAAUUACACUUGAUACACUUAUUCCUGCAUGAGAUUUGACGAUGUGGAAACUGUAAGAGCCUGAAGGUGGACACAAGUUUGACCUGAAGAAUCCUAAACCACCUACACUGUUUACCAUCUAUCUCUCUUUAAAGGGCUACUGUGUCUGUAUAUGAGACUAUGUUAUAUACUAGUAUAUUCUGCGUUUGCAAAACUGAAGAUCCCCUUUUAUUCUGUUUACUCAGAGUUGGAGAUUUCUGUAUGGUAAACAAAACGCCUAAGGUUUAUAGCAGAUGAGAGCAUCACCAUAUGUUCCUGCUUUGAGGCAAACUGUUCUGAGAAGUUUGCAUUGUCUUGGGUUAAAGUCUAAGAAAAAUGAACAAAUACACUAAAAGAAAUGUACCAAGAAGUGUGUGCAUCAUUGAACUUUCCUUCAGACAAAGAAAUGGGUAGGGCAUAGGAUUGUUUUAUUAAGGGUGCGAUCUCACUUAUUUUGUUUUGGUUCUAGUCCUGGUCUAGAACUGGUCUAGUCCUGGUCUAGAACUGGUCUAGAACUGGUCUAGAACUGGUCUAGAACUGGUCUUGUCCCAAUCUCAAUGGGUGUGUGUGCAAGUGUGAAGGCACCCUAAAACUAAGUAGAGCUUGUUCUGAUUUUGUAUCUCUGAAGUUAAACCCUGUACAGGUUGUAUGUAAAUGACAAAAAUUAGGAAUAUUGCAAUACCGUCAUAUCUCAGUCUUUGUUACUACUGAAUAAUCAUCUUUUUUUCCUUUUGGGUUGACGUGUGUCUUUGUGGUUGUUUUAUUAUACAUGGGAUUUACACAGGGAUUGUGGGAUGUCCAGCAGUCCCUCCUCUAUUUCAGCUGCUGUGCAGUUACCGGCAAUUGUUGUUUUUAAUCUGCCUCACUCAGUUCACAAACACACAGUCAGUGGAGUGCUUUUGCUAAAUGGGCACUGUGAUCUGAAAUAUCGUUGUCCUAAAACUGAAUUUGUUUAAGAUAAUUGAAUCAGCCUUUUCAUUGACUUAAAUCUUUUUUAAUUAUUUCUUUUUUUUAUGUUGGUAUCUAUCACCAAAAUAGACAAAUUAGGUAUAACGUUAUGACCAUCUGCUAAAUAUGAACAAAAUGUCCUCUUAAGUAAUUUCUCGAUUAAUGUAAUAUAAUUAUGAUUCUUUGGCCUCUUUUAAAGCUCUAAAAUAUUUGCGUAGCCACCACAAUUUAGAGUGUGUCAACUAACCUCAUUCUAUUAGUGCACCACAAAUUUGUGUCAUUUGUCAGUGGUCAUAAUGUUAUCUCUCAAGAGUACCUUUGCUUUAGCAUGUACUAGGUCAUAUGUACAUUACCCAUAAUCCUUAUACUUCAGAUUGACUACUUACACCUUCAAACAUUGAUUGAAUGGAAACAGGCUUUUCAUUGCCCAAGCUUUGUCAUUGAGAAACUCUGUAAAGGGGGGUGGCUUUUAUAAGAAAUAAAGUUAAUUCAGGUACUUUUCUUGGCAA